AUGCCAGAAAUCCGACGGACGAGCGGGUUGGGGAGGGGCCCCGUAGAGGUUGGAAAAGAAGGAGGUGCAGUGGGCGGUGAUUUCGCCGAGGUUGGAGGUGAGGCGGCCAGAGGGGAGUGUGAUCGCGGAGACUUGCGAGGCCUUGAUAUGAGAGUUGAGGCCACUGAGAAGAGACGGGACCCCCAUCUCACGGGCCCCCUCCACUUUGAGCUUGGCUUUGAAGGCGAUAUCAGCGGCACGAGAGGAAAGAACCUCUCCCCUUUAAUCGUUUUCUCCUCAAGCCGGACGGGCAGCCCUUUGGUGGUCUCAAAGAAGAACUGCCUCUCUUCACCCUCCAACUCCGCCUUGGUUCGGUUCCCAUUACCAGGAGGUCUGGUGGUAGCAGAUAGGUAUGACAUCAGUUGUAGACGUGUAGGCAGGGAACCCGCCAGUUGCAGCAUCGUCCCCGAGCGCUCCCUUCUCACCAUCCUCGUCCGUGACAGAUGGAUCCAUGGCCCCUUUUGCUCCGGUGCUGGGUUAGCUGAUCGCAUAGACUUGCUCCGCCCUGGACCACCAUCCUUAGCAGUCCUUCGCAAACAGUUCUACCGCCCCCAGCCGCUCUCCAUACAGGAAGCCUGGUCGACGGCGUUACAGAUCCCUGUCCCUGCACUGCCCUCGCUUAGACACCCCUUUCUCCGCGAGCAGCCCAGUCGCCCCCGUGACCUCCUCCUCCGCCUUUUUGCACGAGCCCUUCCCACAGGUGCCCGGUUCCGCUUCAUGGAAGAUGGUGGCAGCUGUCGUCGCUGUCAACCCAGACCCCUUGAGACCCUCCUACACGUCUUCAAUGAGUGUGGCCCAGCGGCGUCAGUCUCAGCGGCUCUCUGUCGGGUAGCCCGCUCGCACCUGGGAGUGACUGUCCCGGCUCCGCUUGUAUUCUUCCCUCUCUCCCACCCUGCUGGACAGAUUGCACCUUGGUGUUUGUUGGUGGGCGCUGCUGCCAAGACCCUCUGGGAUGAGCGCUGCGCGGCUGUACAUCAGCGCGAGUCUUCCUCAGCCAUCUCCAUCCUGCACCGUGUCCUAGGAGCUUUCCUUUCCGCUUGCAAGCUUUUCUUCUGGCAGCGGAAACUGCAUCACAAGUCUCUUGGGCGGUUGUUUGAAGUCACAUGCCUGCACAUACCGCUGUCCGACCGAACAGAUUUUCAAGGCCUGUUAUCUCUCGUGGAGGCUGAGGUAUUACAAGAGCACGAGCAGUCGCCCAAUCGGCCGCUCUUUCUCGUGGGGGAGUCGUUCGGUGCUCUGCUGGCUGCUGCAGUGGCGGCAAGAAACCCCUUUCUUCCCAUCAGCCUCGUUCUCAUCAACUCAGGUGAGCAUGUCUUCUUGUGUGGCCCUCCCCCCUUUUCACCCACCCCUUCCCCCCACUCCUCUUCGCUUUCAAUCUGA